AGCGGCGGCGGCGGCGGUAAAUCCUCCCGGCCGCUCACAGCACUGUGGAGCCGCAUCCCCAGCCCGGCCUCGGACCGCGGCGCCCCUCCUGCCCCUCGCGGCUUCUCUCCCGCCCGCCCCUCCCCCCGGCGCGCCGGCCCUAACGAGCCGGCCGGCCGGCCUGGCUCCCCUCCCCGGCCCCGACGGGCGGGCGGGCUGCCCUGAGGGGGCGGGGAGGGGAGGGCUGGGCCGGCCGGCGGGCAGACGACGAUGCCGAACUUCUGCGCGGCCCCCAACUGCACGCGGAAGAGCACGCAGUCGGACCUGGCCUUUUUCAGGUUCCCGCGGGAUCCAGCCAGAUGCCAGAAGUGGGUGGAGAAUUGUAGGAGAGCAGACUUAGAAGAUAAAACACCUGAUCAACUAAAUAAACAUUAUCGAUUGUGCGCCAAACACUUUGAGACUUCUAUGAUCUGUAGAACUAGCCCUUAUAGGACAGUUCUUCGAGAUAAUGCAAUACCAACAAUAUUUGAUCUUACCAGCCAUUUGAAUAAUCCACACAGUAGACACAGAAAACGAAUAAAAGAAUUGAGUGAAGAUGAAAUCAGGACACUGAAACAGAAAAAAAUUGAUGAAACUUCUGAACAGGAACCAAAACAUAAGGAAAUAAACAACAGCAGUGCUCAGAACCCCAGUGCAGAAGAAGGGGGUGAAGAGCAGGAUGAAGACAUUUUACCUUUAACUCUGAGAAAGCGCUUUGAGACAAUGGCAGUUAACACAUUGUUCUGUUCGAAAACACAGCAGAAACAGAUGCUAGAGAUCUGUGAGAGCUGCUUCAUUCGGGAAGAAACUCUCAGGGAAGUAGACUCUCACUUCUUUUCCAUCGUCACUGAUGAUGUGGUGGACAUAGCAGGGGAAGAUCACCUGCCUGUGUUGGUGAGGUUUGUUGACGAAGCUCACAACCUGAGAGAGGAAUUUGUGGGCUUCCUGCCUUAUGAAGCUGAUGCAGAAAUUUUGGCUGUGAAAUUUCACACUACGAUAACUGAGAAGUGGGGAUUAAACAUGGAGUACUGUCGUGGCCAGGCUUACAUUGUGUCCAGUGGAUUUUCUUCCAAAAUGAAAGUUGUUGCUUCUAGACUUUUAGAGAAAUAUCCCCAAGCUAUCUACACACUGUGCUCUUCCUGUGCCUUAAAUAUAUGGUUGGCAAAAUCAGUGCCUGUUAUGGGAGUAUCUGUCGCAUUAGGAGCAAUUGAGGAAGUUUGUUCUUUUUUCCAUCGAUCACCACAACUGCUUUUAGAACUUGACAAUGUAAUUUCUGUCCUAUUUCAGAACAAUGAAGAAAGGGGCAAAAACUGAACAGAACUGAAGGAAAUUUGCCAUUCUCAGUGGACAGGCAGGCAUGAUGCUUUUGAAAUCUUAGUGGACCUCCUACAAGCACUUGUUUUAUGUUUAGAUGGUAUAAAUAGUGAUACAAAUGUUAGAUGGAAUAACUGUAUAGCUGGCCGAGCAUUUGUACCCUGUAGUGCAGUAACAGAUUUUGAUUUCAUCGUUACCAUUGUUGUUCUUAAAAAUGUUCUAUCUUUUACAAGAGCCUUUGGGAAAAAUCUUCAGGGGCAAACUUCUGAUGUCUUCUUUGCAGCCAGUAGUUUGACUACAGUGCUGCAUUCUGAAGUGAUGGAAAAUAUCGAAGUUUAUCAUGAAUUUUGGUUUGAGGAAGCCACAAAUUUGGCAGCCAAACUUGAUAUUCAGAUGAAACUCCCAGGGAAAUUUCGCAGAGCUCAGCACAGUAACCUGGAAUCUCAGCUAACCUCUGAGAGUUACUAUAAAGAAACUCUAAGUGUUCCAACAGUGGAACACAUUAUUCAGGAACUGAAAGAUAUAUUCUCAGAACAACACCUCAAAGCUCUUAAAUGCUUAUCUCUGGUACCCUCUGUCAUGGGACAGCUUAAAUUCAAUACAUCAGAGGAGCAUCAUGCUGACAUGUACAGAAGUGAUUUACCUAAUCCUGACACACUCUCUGCUGAGCUGCAUUGUUGGAGAAUCAAGUGGAAACACAGAGGGAAAGAUAUAGAACUUCCAUCCACUAUUUAUGAAGCCCUUCAUCUGCCAGACAUCAAGUUUUUUCCUAAUGUUUAUGCAUUGCUGAAGGUCCUGUGUAUUCUUCCUGUGAUGAAGGUUGAGAAUGAACGCUAUGAAAAUGGACGAAAGCGUCUCAAAGCAUACCUGAGGAACACUUUGACAGACCAAAGGUCAAGUAACUUGGCUUUGCUUAACAUAAAUUUUGAUAUAAAACACGAUUUGGAUUUAAUGGUGGAUACAUAUAUUAAACUCUAUACAAGUAAGUCAGAGCUUCCUACAGAUAAUUCAGAAACCAUUGAAAAUACCUAAGAGACUUUUAAAAUAGGCUUUCUCUUAUAUUUGAUAUUUGACAAAAUCUAAGAAAUUUGAAAAUAUCUCACAGAAAAGUUGUACGGUGUAUGUAGGCCACUUAAUCACUGAAUAUCUUGACCUGUAGGCCUCCCAUUGAGUACAUUAGUCAUUGAUAAUCUGCCUGUUUAAAUGGCCCGUUUGAAGUCCCAUGCUUUGGAGACCUAACUGUUCUUCCAGAGGAUAGCAUUGAAAGUACCAUGUUACACUCUGUGUGAUCUCUGCUAAUGGCACUUUGAAAUUGUAUUAGUUAAGUCAUUUUAGAUAUAACAUUUGUCACUGUGGAUCCAAUUGUCAGGUACUUAGUUAUCAGUUCUUUGAAGAAAUAAAUUUUGAGGAGGUAUGGGAGGAAGGAAUACAUUUUAUAAAACAUUACAAUGAAGCUCAUGACUGACCUUUGAAUAGUAGGAAUUUUAAGUAUGCUGUUAAAAAUCUGUAAGGGACCGUUAAAAUGAUCAGACUGUAAGAGAAACGUGUGAGCUCGCCAAACAAGGAUUUCAGUGUAGAUUUUGCCUUUAUCAAAUGAAGUUGAAGGAACAAGUUAUAGUUAAAGUUUGAAUGGAAGAGCCUGCCAUUGUUGUUCCACAUCUGAUUGUUGCUGUUUACAUUCCUUUAUUGAGCCUACAUCUUCAUAAGCUUUUUGACAGGUAUAUGUUGAACACUUCUGUUUCAUGGUCAAGACAGGAUCAGAGACCAUGGAUACUGACAACUGAUUUGUCUGUUUUCUUCUGUCUUUUUCCAUGACUAUAUCUACUGCCUCAUCUUGAUUUACAAGCAAAACCUAGAAAACCUACAAAAAUAAGUGUUUUGUGGUUUAUCUAGGAAUAAUAUAGAAAAUAUUGCUGUUAUUUUUGGUGAAGAAAAUCAAUUUUGUAUAGUUUAUUUCAACCUAAAUAAAAUGUGAAUUUUGUUUAAAGUUCAGGUACAUUGUUUUUGAUGGGGACAAAACAGAUUCUUGUGGUAAAUUCUCUUUUCAAAAAUAUUUAUCACCUUCACAAUUGAAGAUAAGAUCUUUUUUUUUUCUUUUGGUGUAUGGUUUACUACUUGGGGGAAUAAAAAAAGCCAUUUUAAUUGUGAAAUUAUUAAAUGUAAGAUUUAUCUAACUUUUUAAGUAUUAUAUGCUGUAUGACCCCUGAUAUAAAUUGUUAGUGUUUGCAUAAUUGUUGCUGGCUAAAAUGUAAAUGAAUGAAUGUUGCAAAGAUGUCAUUGCAUUAUUUUAUGUUGGGAUAAGAGUGUUAUUUGAGUUUCAGAAAACAGGAUGGGGGUAUAUUUGCGGAGUGCUGGGUCUUACUGAUAGCAGUGCAUUUCCCUGUUGUGGACAAACCUGGCAGAUGUGUCAAAUCAGGACACAUUUCCCAUGCAGGCUAUAAAAAAGAUAACAGAGUUUAUCUUAUAUCCAGAGCUCUAAGAGGUGCCUCUGUCCUUGACAGAAAGAACUGAUUCAGUUCAUGAUGGCAGGAUGACAGAAAAGGAGACACAGCUGGCCUUUUAAUAGCUGCAUACAGUUCUUAGGACACUUAAUAGUGGUGUGACCUUGGCAGAUUAUAUAAUCUGGGUAUAUUUCCUCAACUAUAAAACCACACUUAAGCUUGUGCUAUGAGGGUUAGAUAAUUUAUUAUCAAUUAUCUGUUACUACUUACUGGUGUCUCAAAACUUAGUGGCUUGAAAAAAAAGUUUACAGUUUUGUGGUUUAGUUGAGUGGUCCUUUUGCUGGUCUCAUCUGGACUCUGCAUUCAGCUGGUAGAUUGGCUGGGGGCCUAGAUGGGACAGCUGGGCCUGUCAUGUGGUCUUUUAUCUUGGGCUUAUGGCAUGGUGGUCUCAGAGUACCAAGAAGGCAAAGGCAAUAGCUUCAAAGCCUGGGCUCAAGAACUCACAGAACAUCACUUUCACCACAUCUUUUGGUCAAAGCAAGUCACGAGGCUGGCCCAGGAGGGGUAAGGAUAAUAGACUCCUUGUCUUGAUGGGCAGAGCUAUAAAAUAGGGCCCUGUUUUCAGUCUACUAUACUAAUUUAUCCAAAACAUUCAUGCUGCAAGCAUUGGUUAAGCUUUAAAUGUGCCCACCACUUGUUUAUAAUCUCUGUAUGUUCUCAAAGUUAAUUUGAGAAUUUAUUGAAAGCUUGAAAACCCUAAUUUGUUAAGAAGCAUCUUCACAAACUCUGGUCUUUGAAGAUAGAUUGAGUCAAUGGUAGUCUCCCCAUAGAUGAAACAGAUUAUCAUUUUUGCAAGAUUAGAUAGUUAGAAAGAGGUUGAUGUAGUGACUGUUUAUUCCUCAAAUAUUAGUUGAAUGCUUACUGUGUGCCAGGCUUCUGGGUUAAGUGCUGGCAAUAACAUGCACUUUCUUACAGAGCUUAUAGCCUAGGGUUGACCCAUAGGACUACAAUUGUACUUAUUUAUAACCACACACACACAAACACACAUACCUUAUAGUUAAGUGGAUCAGAUUAUUGAAAUUAAAAGAAAAGAAAAUAACACAUUAGGGUAUCUAUAAAAGCCUUGUGCGAUUAAAAAAAAAAUUCUGGGGACUUCCCUGGUGGUCCAGUGGUUAAGAGUCUGUGCUCCCAAUGCAGGGGGCCCGGGUUUGAUCCCUGGUCGGGGAAUUAGAGUCCACGUGCCACAACUAAAGAUCCCACACGUGGCAAUGAAGACCCUGCGUGCCGCAACUAAGACCCGGCACAGCCAAAUAAAUAAAUAAAUAUUAAAAAUUUU